UAAAGAGAUAUAAACAUACUUUUAUUUGCACUGGUAGUAGCACUGAUUAAUUAAUUGAAUUGAUUGUCUCUGAAUAGUCUUUGUGUACUCCUACCCUGCAAAGAGCCUGCAGCAAAAUCGGCGAAGAACAUGUUUCCUUCAAACAAACACAGGCAUAUUUUUAUAAAUGAAACAUCUUCGUGUGCAUAAAUAGAAUCCCAAAUGUCUACUUCGUUUGCAGAAAGCGUUCAAGAUAACAAUACUCUCUGUCAAUGCCUUCAACGUGUAAAUACAUUUCAUAUAUGGUAUAUUGACAUGGUCCCAGCUGGCAUACAAGCGUUUUAAUAGCUUACUUAACUUCAUAUAUUCACCUGCGACAAGAAAAUCGAAAAUGGUUAUUACCUAGCAUUGAUGUGGUUGUAUACGCCAUGAGUGUUGGUUGAUAACAACAUCUGGUGUCACAUUACAUCUAAUAAGAUGUAUAUACCUGAAGUGUCUGCCUUUUCGUUGACAUGGCUAUUUGAUACUGACUGGGCCACACAUUGCAGCAAGAGCUUCGGACAUAAUGAAUUCCAACUGCCAAAGAUGUUUGUUUAUAUGUCUGUCAAUGACAACUCUCGCUACUGUAGCUUUCUAUUGGACAGUUAUUCGAGAUGUGGGUGUGUUCCAAAUCACAACUUUCAAAACAACAAAAGUUGAGGUCUCUCAAAAGCAUCCCCUUGUACUUCAAAGACGAAGUAUGGUCAUUACCUUAACAGACACUCCCCGUGGAGCAACGAAAAGUAUUGUGUGGAUUAGCGUCCCACCCUGGUACAGAGCAGCCAAAUCCUUCGCCCACUGUUACGUUCGUUCGUGUGAAGUAAGUACAGACGAGGCACAUAUUUCAUCAGCUGAUGCUGUGGUUGUCAAUGCUGUUCAUUUGCCUUCAUCAAAACACCCAAACACGGACAGGGACCAGGUGUGGAUUAUGUAUGGAUGGGAAGCACCUCAUCACUAUGCAACAAAAACGAUUUUCCGUCCUGACUGGAAUGGACGUUUUAACUGGACAUUGACGUACCGAUUGGAUUCGGAUAUACCAUUUCCUUACAAUAGGAUAGUGUACACUGGAGGCAGUGUGAAUAUAAGUGAUGUUGUGAGACGGAAAAGCCGAUCUAUUGCUUGGUUUGUAAGCAACUGUGGUACACCCUCAAAGAGGGAAGUGUAUGUUCGAGAACUGCGGAAACAUAUUGAUGUCGACAUUUAUGGCGCCUGCAGAAAUAAUAAGAGUUUUGACUGCCCCAAAGGAAGGUCCUUCGAGUGUCUUGGUCUGUUAAACACCACGUAUAGAUUUUAUCUUUCGUUCGAAAAUUCCCUAUGUAAAGACUACAUCACAGAGAAGUUCUACAACACUUUUAGGACUUCGGCUAUUCCCAUCGUUCGUGGAGGCGCUGACUAUGAACGUCUUCUGCCAGAAGGAACCUUCAUCAACACGGCAUCAUUUGACAGUCCCAAGAGUUUGGCGAACUAUAUCCGAUAUUUGGAGAGGAAUGAGACAGCUAUGGGGGCGAUUUUAGAAAAGAAGCUCAAGUAUGAAUACAUUAAUUCAGAAGGAACAGAUUUUGAUUGGAGGUGUCAGCUGUGUGCCAAGUUACAUAGGAAUACUACGAGAAAAUCAUACACAGAUAUGAAACAUUGGCUUAAGGAUGGACAAUGCCUGGAACAGCCAAAAGAUCUGCCGUAGUGUUUGGGAAUGUACGAAACGUGUCAUAAUCAUUGAGGAUUAAUACAAGAUUUGCACACGAGGCAGUGGGAGUCCCCAGUUGAUUCUUGGAAUACACUAGUUAAAGAACUGACCUUUGUUUGCUCUCUUUGUGUGGUCGUUAGUACACGUGCUCAAGAUCGAGAUGUUGCAUGUGUCGAUGCUGGUGUUUGUGCUGAUUGCGAUGCUGAUGGUCACGCUGGAGGCUAGUGUUAAUACAAAUGCCAAUAUAAAUAUUGACUGUACGAGCUUCAGUCUCAGUCGAAUUGCUGGUGCCUAAUUUUGGUUUCGGGUUCGAAAGAUCGUGACAACAAGCCGAGAGCGGGCGCACCAUUCCUAGAGUGAGUCUCUCCAGCUGCUCCCGAUUUUGGGGCUUUUUUCCCUUUUUAAACCGGUACCUACGUCACAGCUCUGCUCAUUUUCCCAGCUGUCAUUGGUCAACCACCUUUCCCCCCUACACUAGAUCAUUCCAACCAACCCGUGUUGCAUACCAGAAUCCUUAUUAGAUCUUUUGUAAGACGAACUCCUCGAUUCCCCGGAAAAAAAUAUAAGUUAAUUAUAAUAUUUUGAAAUAUCAACAAACGUCCAUAAGUGUCCUUCCUUAAAUGAGUAAAUCACUUGAACCAAUAAUUUAAGCAUUUGUUAGUACUGAGGUCCGGGUUUCAAACCCAGCCAGCUGCCUAAACGUUUACAGUUUGUAUAUUAAAAUGUGUUGAAAACCUAACAAGU